GGCAAAAGGAAGUAUGAUCGAAGUGAAGUUAAUAUUUGUAUUGAAAGAACCAUCUCCCCUAUACCAAUUAAAUAACUAGUGCACUUGAUAAAUAAAAAAUCAAUACACCAAACACUCUUUUCCAACCAUUAUAUCGUGGUUUUGACUGGGAAAAUAUUGAACUGUGGAAGGAAGAAAUCAAUCGUCCACUUCCGCUAUGUUUUAUUUAUGGUUUUCGACUUUGUCGAUCUGCAAUCGAAUGAGAUUGAUUGAAAGGAGAUGCUCAGCAGUGGCGUCGAUUCUUUCGCUGCUUCUGCUAUUAUUCUCUCCGCUCCUCAACCCAAUCGUCGCCCAGCAGUUCGCGAUCGAAGAGGCCACCGUCAGCGACAUCCAGCGCGCCUUCGCCGAGAAUGAACUCACCUCCAGGCAGCUGGUGGAGUUCUACCUCCAGCGAAUAGAAACACUAAAUCCCCUGCUCCGCGGAGUCGUGGAGGUGAACCCUGACGCACUGGACCAGGCGGACGAGGCCGACCGAGAAAGGGGGAGCAACGACGACUGCCGUGGACCGCUGGGCGGGCUCCACGGCGUUCCGGUGCUCCUGAAGGACAGCAUAGCCACCAAGGACAGGCUGAACAACACGGCGGGGUCGUACGCGCUGCUGGGCGCGGAGGUGGCGCGUGACGCUGGGGUGGUGGAGAGGCUGAGGAGAGCGGGGGCUGUCAUACUGGGGAAAGCUAGUCUCACCGAGUGGUACGGACUUCGGUGUUGGGGUUCCAUGCCCAGCGGUUGGUCUGCAAGAGUUGGGCAGGGUUUGAAUCCUUAUGUCCAAUCUGCAGAUCCUUGCGGGUCGAGCAGUGGAUCCGCCAUAUCAGUGGCAGCAAAUAUGGCAGCAGUGUCCCUUGGGACCGAGACUGAUGGCUCCAUCAUCUGUCCAGCAGAUCACAACUCAGUUGUAGGGCUCAAACCCACUGUAGGACUCACCAGUAGAGCUGGUGUCCUUCAAGUCUCACCCAGCCAAGACACCAUUGGGCCAAUAUGCAGGACAGUUUCUGAUGCAGUCUAUGUGCUUGAUGCAAUUGUGGGUUUUGAUCCAAGAGACUCUGAUGCAACCGGAGAAGCAGCUAAGUUCAUACCUGCAGGUGGUUAUAAGCAGUUUCUCAAUGAAGAUGGGCUCAAAGGAAAAAGACUGGGUGUUGUGAGGGAUCCAUUUUUUGACUCCUUCAAUGGAUCCAGUGCUGUUUCCACCUUCGAGCACCAUCUCAAGACAUUAAGCAAGGAAGGUGCAACCUUGGUGAAUAAUCUGGAAAUUACAAAUAUUGAGGUCAUUCUUGAUCCCUAUCAAAGUGGUGAGGCAAUUGCUCUCCUGGCUGACUUCAAAUUGGGUAUAGCUGAGUACCUGAAGGGGCUGAUAAACUCCCCAGUGAGAUCGUUGGCAGACAUUAUAGCUUUCAACUUGAAAAAUACUGAUCUGGAGAAGAUUAGAGAAUUUGGCCAGGGAACUUUCAUUGAAAUGGAGACGACUAGUGUAUCCGAGGAAGAAGUGAGGGAGGCAGUGGAGAGGAUGAAAAAUCUCUCGCGAGAUGGGUUCGAGAAGAUGAUGGUGCAGAAUGAGUUAGAUGCAAUGGUGACUUUGGGUGUGGGCGCCUCCCCUGUGCUUGCCCUUGGAGGCUACCCUGCAAUUACUGUCCCAGCUGGGUAUGACAGCACCGGAAUGCCAUUCGGAAUCUGUUUCGGGGGCUUAAAGGGCACCGAGCCGAGGCUGAUCGAAAUUGCUUACGCCUUCGAACAAGCUACCAUGACUAGGAGGCCUCCUUUCCUGGAGUCGUUCAAAUUGAUGAAUGAUCACUGAUGUUGUUGGUGGAUCAAUAGAAAGAGCUGCAGAUGCAUUUUGAUACGGUUCUUUUAGGUGGAGGAUGUAUUUUGUAGAUGGCCUUCUUACUUAAGACUUGGGAAAGAUUAGCUACUUGCAUUCCAACGUCAGGGUGUGUGAUAUUGAAAAUGUUUUUAUUCAAAGCAAAUGAUUAUGAACUGCAA